AUGGCAGACGUAGAAUCCGUCCUGGCGGCCAAUGCCAACGCGCCGCAGCCAGAGGCACCUUCGGACACUCCCAACCUGCCCGAGGGCGGCAACAAAUUCCAGCAUGCCAUCUCGGCCUGGAGAACUAUCGACUACACGAACCUCGUCGCAAACCUCGACAACACUGCCUCCGAGAUCGUCACAUACCAGCGAGACUCGACCGUCCAGAGAAAGGAACUAGCCCAAAAAACAAAGGACUUCAGGAAGCUCGAUGAUGCAACGAAGCUGGGCGAGAUCAAAGGCCUGUUGAAAGCGUACCAAACCUUCAUCGAUCUCCUUACGAACCAUUCAAAGUCAAUCAACUCGGCCUUCCUCCAGACUUACACAUCCUUAUCCGAUGCGCCUGAUCCAUACCCGCUUCUUGAAGCGUCGGUCGACUCCAUGCUCGUGUCUGAAGACACUCUUCCGAAGCUGACUGAGGAAAAUCAGCACCUGCAAAAGUCCGUCGCUAAGCUGACGACCCAGCUGGAGGAUACCGAGAGCAAGCUGCAGACAGAAUCUGCCGCGAAGAGGGAGCUCGAAAACAAUCUGGAUAGCAAGGUAAAGGAGGUGGAGGCUUCGUGGGUGGCAGUGCUCGACGAAAAGAAGGACAACUGGGCCGCGAAGGAGAAGACGUUGGAAGAAAAGGUUGAGAACCAGGAGCGUCUGCUCACCGAGAUCAAGGCGAGCUACGAAGUCAACCAGCGCCUCGGAAAGACAGACGAUGGGGAUGCGGAAGGCCAGGCAGGCCACGUCACCAGUGCCGAAAUCGAGAUGCUUCACUCAGACCUUGACCGGACCAGUCAGCGGCUGGCCGAGAUCGAGGCCCGGAACGAGCAACUGCGACUGGAACUGGCACAGGCAAAGUCAUCCGCCACCACUCAGACGCCCACAUCCUUGGAAGACGACCCUGCUUACAUGCGCAUGCGGUCGGAAAACUCAUCACUCAUCCGGAAACUCGAUGCUAGCAGGGUUGAGAAGGAGGGGCUGAAGCGUGAUCUGGAUUCCAGGCUGCGCAGCUUGGAGAGAGAGGUUGGCCUGCUAAAGGAAGAAAGGGACAACCUCAAGUCCAAGGUGCAGAAGUGGAGUGACUACGACGAUGUGAAGCAGGAGCUUGAGGUACUCAAGAGCAUCGAGUUUUCCACAGGCGACGAUGAUGAUUUGAAGGAUGUGGUCGAAAGUGCCACAGAGUCCAAGGGCCAAAGUGACACUUUGGAGAAGCUCCUCUUGGCACGGAACAAGAAGCUCGGUGACGAGCUGACGAUCCUGCGCGUUUCCCACCAAGACUUACAGACUAAGCUCUCUGACCUCCAGGAAGAAAUGUCGCGAACGAAUAUGGACCUCGAAAAGUCGCAGAAACUAAACGAGCGACUCGAGAACGACCUCGCGACGCUGCAGUCAGAGUCGUCCAACGCGUUCCCUUCCGGCGCGUCGGUGGCAGGAACAUUCAACCGCUACGCCCCAUCAAUUGCACCGGGACGAAGGGGAGGAGGAGGUGGUGGUGGAAGAGUUUCGCCAACAUCGUCCAUCAUCAGCGGAAUUGACCCACGUAUGGGUGGUGGAGGAGAGCCCAUGGGCGGCGGCUCUGGCAUUCUGCCAAUGAUCACAGCCCAACGUGACCGUUUCAAAAAGCGAAUUGCCGAACUGGAAAGCGAGUUGUCGGACACGCAUCGCACCGUCUCCCAGCUGAGACAAGAAGUAUCAGCUCUUCAAAAGGACAAUCUCAGUCUUUACGAGAAGACGAGGUACGUCUCGACAUACAAUCGGGCCGGACCUUCAGCAACGUCGUCUUCAGCGGCAUUCUCAUCUAACCCGAACCCUUCCACGGUCUCCAUUGGAGGCAGCGGCAACCCGGGCAUUACAAUGGACAGAUACAAAAAGGCAUACGAAUCGAAUAUUUCGCCAUUUGCCGCUUUCCGAGGGCGGGAGUCUGCUAGGGCCUACAAGCGAAUGAGCUUCCCCGAACGAGUGGUAUACUCAGUGACGCGGAUGGUGCUGGCCUCUCGGACUAGUAGAAAUCUAUUUGCGGCAUACUGUGUCGCGUUGCAUUUACUCGUCUUCUGCUCGCUAUACUGGCUCGGCACGGUGGACGUGGAGCAGCACGCCAGCAACCUUGGCAAGUCGGUAGCAGGAGCCGCCGCCGCGGGCGCCGGGGGCCUCAAGGGAGGGGCCGGAAACGGCCACGGCGACUGGCAAGAGGAGGGGUUCAGUGGGCACUAG